UCACUUUAGUUUAGUUCUCAUUUAACGGCCUACCAACAAGUGUGUGUUUUUUUAUUGUUAGCUCUUCAGCUAUUUACUUGAAAUUUCACAGAGUAAAUCGGUAUUUUGAACGUAUUUUCAAUUGAUGUGCAUUUAAUUCUUGAGGAAAUAAUAAAAAAAAAGCUGAAAAAUAAUAAUUAAGUACAAAUUUCAACAUAUUGUGCAAAUUUAUUAGUAAUUUGUUGUUAAUUGUUUGAGGCUUUAGUUGAAAAUAAAAGAAGAGAGAAAAUUGUAAAAAAAUCUAAAAAAUUUUUGCAAAAAUAACAACCAGCUGUUAGUUACAAAACAAAAAUUUAGGUUGUUGGUGAUAUUUAGAAGCAACGAGAGAAUAAUUUCGUAAAAAAGUAUAAAAAAAUAACAUCAUCACUUAAAGUAGUAGUGGUUUAAAAACAAAAACAACAAAUUUAAAUUUAAAACAAAAACACCAGUUGUUGUUGUUGUUUAUCUUUUUAAUAUGACAAUCAUGGAGAGUAUCAACGAAUUAAUGGGAUCUCCCGCUGUGCGCAUUAAGUUGGUGGCUUUUGUUCACUUUGUUUUCAUAUCAAAUGCCAUGCUGGGCUCAUGGGGUCAUGGAGCCUAUGAAUUUUAUAACUUCCUAUUUAUAAUCUCCAUGUUCUGGUGCAUGCACAGCAAGGAUUCCGUGGAUGCGGUUCAUGUAGCACUAGUUAUUGAUACCAGCAGCAUAUUUUUUGAUAUAGUCAGCAUUAUUAUGCAUGCCAAUUAUAUGAAUGGCUGGGCCAUUGCGUUUGCCAUUAUUAAUCUUAUUUUGAGACCUAUAAGUGUGGUUCUAUUGUAUCGCGAAUUCAAUGCACGAGGCGGUGCCACGGGCUCAGUAUUCCCCACCACCACAACACAACAACGUAGUUAUCAAGACAUCGAUAGACCCACACAAACAGUGCCAACAACAUCAGCAGGACCCAAUGUAGCGAGCAUAUUCUAAGUCAAAUUUCUUAUUUAAUUAAAACAAUACUAAAAUUAUUUAAAAUCAAUCGCAAAGAAAAAACUUUUAAAAAAGACUUAAAAAUGUAAUUUAAAUUGAAAAUGUUAAUAUGAAUGUUUAACAUUUGUCUUCUCUUUGUGUAACUAUUGUUGUUAUUUAAAUGAAAAAAGUUAAAAAUUAUUAUUACUACUAUUUUGUAUUAAAAAAUAUUUAUGGUAAUUAUGAUUACUUAAAUUUUGCAAUUAUUGUAUUUAGUUGUAAAGUAAUUUUUGCUUAUGUGAGUGUGUAUUUUGGGUUUAUUAUUAAAAAAAUUAACUUAAAUUCUUCCAAAUCAUGUUAAAUUUUACUAUUUUUAUUUUCUCUUUAGUAAUUAAAUACUUUUGUUAAAAGAAAUAAAAAAAUAAUAAUCUAUUAA